AUGGUUACCCCACAAUCAAUUUCUUCAAUGGUCGGUUGGAUUUCUAUUUGGGUUUGGGUGUGUGUUUAUUCUCCUCAAUUACAGGAAAAUUAUCAACUUAAAAGUGGUGAAGGCCUUUCGAUCAUCUUUGUUGCAAUUUGGCUUGCAGGUGAUGCUCUCAAUAUGAUCGGCGCAUGGAUAGAAGGACUUCUACCCACAAUGAUCAUCUUGGCAGCAUAUUAUUGCCUGUGUGACGUUGCUCUCAUUUGGCAGUACUACUACUACCGCAAAUACCACGACUACUUCCAUCCUCCUCCAAGACCUGCUUCAGUCAAUGCCAACCCCGCUGCAAGUGAGUCAACACCUCUCUUGAACGGAAACAGUACCACGACAGAGACUAUUCGUGAAAAGCCAAGAAGUCCAACUUUGGGUGAAGAGAUUGCAAAAUGCUUUGCCGGAUUAGCAUUCACAACGAUUGCUGGAGUUGUAUCAUGGUACAUUACUGCAGUUGUUGGAUGGCCAAAUCAAUCAUCUUUUGUCGCUCUAGAACAAAAGGAAUGGAGAUGGGACGGACAAGCUGCAGGUUGGGCAAGUGCACUUUUGUAUCUGUCUUCACGUAUACCGCAAAUUUUUAAGAACAGAGAGACAAAGUGUGAAGGACUUUCGUUAGCUUUGUUUGUGUUUGCCGUUGUAGGAAAUUUGACUUAUGUUGCAAGCAUUUUGAUUAAAGAUAUGUCAAGGGAUUACGUCAUAGAGAACCUAUCCUGGCUCAUCGGUAGUUCAGGAACGGUAUUUUUGGAUUUCGUUGUCUUGGGUCAAUUCAUCGUUUACCGCGAGGAAAGGGAACGAUUGGUUCGCGAAAGAGAAGCAAACGAAUCAUCCAUCAUUACUGCAUAG